AAUGAGUUCUCUCGAAGAACAAUUAGCGCUAUUUGAAAAAGAAGUGCUAGCAAGUGAUAAUGAAGCUAAAUCAAGUAAUUCUAAUUUGCCUUUAACAAAGGGAACAAAACAAGAUGCCCCGAUACAGGCUCCCGAUAUUGGUGGCUCUCGCCCUGCUACUUCGGUAAAAUUUAUGCCACACCAGCUUCAAAAAGUUAGUUUUACGAGUGGACGUGUUCCAUUUCCCCCACAUUUACAACCUCCAUCUGUUCCAACGGUAAUCGAGUCGGGGCCAACGCUUUAUGCUAAUGCAGUCCCUAAUGCUUCUACUCAACAGAAUAAGCCAGAACCGAGCUCUAGUGGUACUUCAAAUACUCCAAUCUCUUAUAAUAGUGCACAACAACAAAAUUUUCGAACACAGGCUUUACCUUCUGAUGUUGAAUUACUUUUAGCUAGAAAACAAGCAACAAAGGCCCAUGAAAAUAGUUAUUUGGGUGCUGUACUUCGUGGUGAAAAGAAAAUGAAGCGUUUUGUUCGUUGCUGUGGUGGACAGGUUUGGGAGGAUGCUUCGAUGGCUGAAUGGGAUCCGAAUGAUUUUCGAAUUUUUUGUGGUGAUCUAGGAAAUGAAGUAUCUGAUGAAUUAUUGGCUAAAGCUUUUAGAAAAUUUCCAAGUUUUCAAAAGGCUAAAGUUUGCCGUGAUAGUCGAACAAAUAAAUCGAAAGGUUUUGGAUUUGUCUCUUUCAAAAAUCAAGAGGACUUUAUUCGUGCAAUGAAAGAAAUGGAUGGAAAAUAUGUUGGAAAUAGGCCAAUAAAAUUAAGAAAAAGUAAUUGGAAGGAUAGAAAUUUGGAUAUUGUUAAGAAGAAAACAAAAGAAAAAAAGAAAUUGGGAUUACUUUAA